UAUGUUGACGUGGUUAUGACUGAACCUUCACGAAGCCAAUUCUCCGGUCUCAUUAACAAGCUGUAUAAUAACCAGCAUCGAACCCGGGACUGAUUCAACUUAAGACAUAGUUGUUAUAUCAUGCGUUUCUCUAAAGCCCUUCAGUCAUCGCCUCACUGUUACCCGAGCCCAGAUGGCGAACUCAUUGCUACGCUCCUACCAUCAAGUAUCGUUGUACGAGCUGUUAAGUCCUUAGACGUCCUACGGACCAUCAAACUACCACUGGAUCUUACCGGCGGCGUAUCAAAUUUCAUUUGGUCACCUUCCUCUACACGACUCUUAGUGGCUGUUGCCGAUCAGAUACAUGUAUUUUCGGCCCGAGACGGCAAUUUUCAUGGAACCGUUAGGAUUCCUUCUUCAGCCACCAAGCCUACCUUCGUCGAUUUUGGAGUUACUGAUCACGAGGUUUACAUAUGGUCGCCUUUCGGCAUCAAGCUAACCAUCAUCAAUUUUGAAAGCUCAAAAGCAGUAGAAAUUGCUAACCCCAAAUUUUACAAUGCCGCUUCUGCGACGAAGGGAUACUCCUUUCGGGCGAGCUCGCACCACCUUGCGUUGCUCACAAGGUCUUCCGGCAAGGACAUGAUUAGCAUACAUUCCCCAGAAACGAGGGACAUUGAACGGUCUUGGUAUCCUGACACCAUCGAUGCCCAAGGAUUAGCCUGGACCCCAGACGGGAGGUGGUUGGUGGUGUGGGAGUCAUCCGCCCAAGCUCCCAGGGUCCUUUUCUACACUUCUGAUGGCCACAUUUUCAAGGAUUGGAGAGGUCCCCUCCCAUACGAAUCUCAGGACAUGGGCCUUCAAUAUAGUGCAGGUGUUAAAGUAGUCGCUCUGAGUCCAGAUGGACGACGUGUCGCAAUUGCUAACGGUUCUACUUGCACAUGCAUACUAAACACACCAUCCAUGGUGGAAGCCAUGCGGCUCCGACACCCCCAGGUUGUCCAACCAAAAGAUACAUUACAAAUCUGGCAAGAGAAAAAUACAUUUCCCAAUACUGGGUCGUUCUCGUCGCCAGAAUUCGUCAAAGCCACCCAGAUGGUGACCCCCGAAUGGACGGCAUUGAAUAGCCUUCAGGAACCCGUGUCAGGCUGUAAUUUUGCCAAAUUCGACUGCUCUUCGUCCCUCCUGGCCACGAGGCUAGAAGAUGCACCAGGUACGAUCUGGAUCUGGGAUAUUUCUAGUUCCGAUCUUCGGGCGGUGCUAAUGUAUCAUUCCAAUGUAACAAAACUAGAAUGGCACCCUAUGCAGCCCGAGCUCCUCCUCAUGAGAUGUGAGGGUGAUAGCUACGGCAGUCUCGUGUUCGCCUGGGAUCCUUUAAGCCACGGCCCGCGCUCGGUUGACUUAGCAGCACACCGACUUGCAAGCGCGACUAAUAGCAAGACGUACGCCACAUGGCUGGGGGCGACAUCAGAAUCUCCUGCAUUUUUCUUUAGUGACAGCACAACCUGCAUGAUGGUUUCACUUGCAGAUUCCGAUGGAGAAAUCCUUCCCUGGCGAGGUGCUUCUGCGCCCAUUAAUACCAUCAGUCAUGGGGACGAUAUGGGCAUGCAGUCAUCACUAAGGCCCGCAUCACCUUCAGAGGAUGCUGAAGACAGCAUUUUAAUUGACAUAGACGAUGAUACUAGCGAGCCAGAUGACACAUUCCAGUUCAUUACCCACUAAGCUGCCCUAAUAUUCUAUCAUAUCUCAAACGAAUGAGAUAUUAGACAGGAUACCCAGUGCCCAGGGGCCGUAGAAUUAUAGCUUUUUAGCUUAGUUCCGAAGGCAAUGCCAACCAUUCCGAAUGCAAGAAUACCUAGCCAUCCAGUCACUUGGAAGAUGCAGGAUACUUGCGGAUAUUCGUACUGUUUGCGCGGCGAUCGGUUCAAAUUUGCUUCGGAGAUUCGGCUGAACUACAAACAUAAGACGCUAAUUGAAAAAAAAGAAAAGAAAAAAAAGCAUUCGGUCUGCGAGCGAUGACUGAUACUCAACUCCAGGGUUCGAUAAUCAUAGUCGUUUCGAAAUAAAAUUGCCGUUAGGAGUACGUCUGCCAAGUCAAUAGCUUAGCUACCUAGGUAUAUUGGAGAGAGAGAACUUGAUGGUGGGCGGUUUCAGUUACGCAGCAGCCAACAACGGGCAGUAGGUAUACCCUUGCUGUGCUACCUCAUGCAAGAAAACGUUCUUGGAGAGGCAAUUUACUUCAA